ACGUUCACCAACAUAUGCCAUCACAUCACUCAGUCAGAAGAACUCAUCAUAGUAGGUAACAUCCGAACCUAUGGAUGAUGUGCUCCGUGUGGUGGUAUGACACUUAUAAUAUUAUCCGAUUUCCCGGGACUUUUUAUCAGUGCUAAUCAAAGAGCCAACAUGGGAUCCUUUUUUCCAUUCCUCGGUCACCCCCACAAAAAAAACUCUUAUAAAUAGUUGUAUUUCCUACCUAGUUCUUUUCUUCAACUCCAUACAAAAUUAUUUUGCGUGGGCCUGUUUGUUGAAUUACGAUGCUCAAGAAUUUGAACAAGCUAAACGUAAAGAACAUGACUAGGCAAUUCCAUCAAUCUUCCGUUAAAGGAGACCUUUUCAAAUUCCAACUGGCACUUCCCAAGUUGCCAGUUCCUUCUCUCGAUGAAACUACCGCCAAGUACAUCAAAACCAUCGAGCCAUUCUUAUCCCCUUCGCAAUUGGAGGCAAGUAAGCAGAAGAUUGAGCAGUUUAAGAAGAGCCAAGGCCCUGAAUUGCAGAAGAGAUUGGAAUCUUUCAGUCAAGAUAAGGACAAUUGGUUGGCCGAAUUCUGGGAUGAUUAUGCUUAUAUGUCCUACAGAGAUCCUGUGGUACCCUACGUGUCGUAUUUCUUCAGUCAUAAGGAUGUCCGCAACGAAAUAGGUAAGAGCCAGGUGUUGAAGGCUACAGCUCUUUCCUACUAUACCAUCCAGUUCAUGUUGUCGGUGCAGAACGAGACUUUGGAACCAGAAGUCAUUAAGGGUAAUCCUUACUGUAUGAAUGCUUUCCACUACAUGUUUAACAACUCUCGUGUUCCUGCUGCUGGUCUGGAUAUCACCAAGAAGUACGAUGGAGCUGAACACCAAUACUUUACCGUCAUUAGUGACAACCACUUCUACAAGGUGCCUCACCACAUCAACGGACAGCCUAUUUCCAAGAGUCAAUUGUACAACCAAUUCCAGUACAUUUUGCACAGCUCUAAAAAGUUGGGUAAAGGCAUUGGUUUAGGGGCCUUGACGUCUUUAAAUAGAGAUGAAUGGUUGAGCAGCUAUGAAGCCUUGACCAAAUCCCCCAUCAACCACCAAAGCCUCGAGACUAUCUUUGCCUCUUCGUUUGUGGUUUGUUUGGAUUCCCACAGCCCCAUCACCAUUGAAGAAAAGUCCCAGAACUGCUGGCACGGAGACGGUCAGAACCGUUUCUUUGACAAGCCCUUGGAAUUCUUUGUGGGUGCCAACGGUAACUCUGGUUUCUUGGGUGAACAUUCGAGAAUGGAUGCCACUCCUACGGUGCAGAUGAACAACUGGGUGCUUUCGGAGAUUUCAAAGGAAAACCCAAAGAACUUCAUUGGUGAAGCCACUUUGGAGCCAACUUUGUCGGCUGAGUUGGUGCCUGAAUUAUUAGAGUGGGACAUCAACCCCAAAGUAAGAAGUGAUAUCUACAACGCUAUUGAAAGCUUCAACAAAACUAUCGAAGCCCAUGAUGAAGAAAUCUUCCAGUACUACGGCUACGGAAAGAACUUGAUUAAACAAUUCAAGGUAAGUCCCGAUGCCUAUGUGCAAAUGUUGAUGCAAUUGGCUUACUACAAGUACACUGGGAAAGUAAGACCCACGUACGAGUCAGCUGCCACCAGAAAGUUCUUGAAAGGUAGAACUGAAACUGGUAGAGUUACUUCCAAUGAGUCGAAGAAGUUUGUGGAAACUUGGACGGAUGUGGAUGCUUCUACCGAAGACAAAAUUAACACUUUCAAUGCUGCUUGUAAGCAACAUGUCGGAUACUUGGUGGAAGCCGCUGAUGGUAAGGGUGUUGAUAGACACUUGUUUGGAUUGAAGCAAAUGUUAAAAAGUGGAGAGCCAGUUCCUGAAAUCUUUACUGACCCUGUGUUCAGCUACUCCCAAACCUGGUAUAUUUCAUCGUCUCAAAUCCCUUCGGAAUACUUCCAAUCAUGGGGUUGGUCUCAAGUUAUUGAUGAUGGGUUCGGACUCGCCUACUUGAUCAAUAAGGACUGGAUUCAUGUCCACAUUUCAUGUAAGAAAGGUAAUGGCUUGGAAAGCAAGUACUUGAAAUGGUACUUGACAGAAGCUGCCAACGAGAUGAAGGAGAUUUUAUCCACUCAAUUACAAAAGCCCAAAUUGUGAGAUCUAUAGAUUGAUAAAUAAAAUUUAAGGCAGAGCCAUCAACAUAGUGUAGUUUUAACUGGCAUGCCUGGCAUGCCCCUUGCCCUUGCAGCGGUGUUUGGAACGGGGCACCAACACCAAGGUUGAACUAAUGCGGGCACAUUUACCUCCGAAUUUCAUCAACCUCAUCGCCUAACCCCUGCAGGUACUAAACCGUGUACUAGAAGGGCAAUUGUAUGCCGAAGAAAUUUCACUGAUGACAAUAGUGUUUAAACACUGGACGGAAUCACCCAAUUGGGAAGUCUGAUUGUGCGGAUUAAACACUCCGCCAAAAUUAUUACACCAGCGGUGAACGGGGUAUCAGACCCAUUGGGCAAGGUAAUACUAGUAUCAUCACAUUAUAAAGUUAGACGACGGGCAUGCAGCAUGGACCAAUGAUGAAUCCUUAUGAACAAUAGAGCCUGUGGGAGUUUGUAUAUUUGUGAAUUUUAGACGAAAAUGGCUACUUUGACGAGUGCAGAAAAAUGAAAACAAAUUCCCUAAAACGCCAAAAACUCGAAAACAUUGGCUCGUUAGAAGCAAAACAUUUUAUAUACUAAGAGAUUUCCUCGUUAU